GGGAGGAGGGAACAGAGAGUGUGUGUGUGUGUGCGCGCUCUGAGAGAGAGAGAGAGAGAGAGAGAGAGAGAGAGAUGUGUUGAAACUCAAUUCUGUUCCUGCAUUCCUUCCCUCAUCAAAGGCCGUCUAAAAAGAUAGGGGGGAAAUCAUAAAUUAUAACAUGGUGAGAUAGGAGCGCUUCGAAGAGUGAUCCACGGAGGGACAAUCUCAGGAAUUUACAGCGAGGACAGAUUGGAGGAAAUGUGCAGUGUUACAUUACCCGUUUGACGCCUUGUGGACAGUAAAGGCGAGAAGCUGCUUUUAGCCAGGGACGUUUUCUUUUUUCAUUUUUAAAGAGGAACGCAAGAUGGCAGAUGACAGGAGUGAAUAACGAGGACAGCACGGCGCCGUUCCCUUUAAAAUGUAAAGGAUCGCCCUGAAGAUUUCGGAUGUAUUUCGGAACUGGACACAUUGUGCUUAUUCGCUUCGACCGGAUACAAAUAAAAGGAAACACGGUUUUGUCUCCUAGCACUGAGGAUCUGAUAUCGAAGUAGGUUCAUGUUGUAGCUGUUGAGACCACACGCUAGCUGGAUAUGGCAGAUCUUUCCAUUUAGUCUACCUACAACAGAUUGGUUGGUAAGCCUUUAAACCUUUUUGUGGUCCGUUUUUGGCAAGAAAAGCGAAGCGACCGGUCGUUCCUGUUUUUUUCUUAGACCCCCAGACCAGUAGUGUGCUCUUAGUUAGUUUUCAGAAGCUAACGCUAAAAUAUUGUUUCUAGAACAUUUUGACUAAAAUGAAAGUAACCCAGGCCAUCGAUUUUUAAUGGUGAAACUAGAUUGCACAAGCAUGACGCACUGUAGCUUUAACGUGAAGGACAGUAGCACUGCCCGGUGUUAAUAUAUAUAUGUAUAUUACGGAGAUCUUAUUUUGAUACCUUGUCAUGAUCCUGUCCGGGCUUGCUUUUUAAUAAAACCAAUCCUAGUUGAUGUUAGGGUUAUUAAAAAUCGUUUCCAUUAACAAAUUCAAAAGUCUUAACGCUGCGCUGAAAAGAGGCCCAUAAACGUACCUUCACCUACUAUGGGAGGAACUGCCAAGGCAUAUCAUUCAGAUGUGUCAGCAGAUUAGUCUGUUCAUUAUCGUCACACAUGAUUCAAGAGUCACUGUUACCAAAAAAAGACUGAUCAUACAUUGGUAAAUGGAAGCACAAUGUAGAUAAGUGCGCUUGACCAUAAGAAACAUCCUUGACGCCUUUAACAUGCACGGAUUAGUAGAUUAGUAAGACUUGGAUGAUAUAAUGUGGCAUCAAGUCUACUCAUUGAUCUCAAGCAGUGCUGCUGUUCGCUAUUUCUUUUACAGAAACAUGAAUGCCUGUGAAAGUAGGCCUUAAGACACACUGGUUGUACACAAUGGUUAUCAUCCAGUAGAUGAAGCAGGAGCAGGUUUUGUCUGUAUGGGUUUAUAGUAGUCGUGGUCUCACGUCUGUGCAUCUUCAGAAAGUUCUCAGCCUGCACCUUUCACGCGUCACUAACUUGAAUCUUUAGACGAGCUCGACCCGAAAUGGCCGAAACCUGGAAGAAUUGUCUGGAAGAAGAGCUCAUAUGCCCGAUCUGUCUGCAUGUGUUUUCGGAGCCGGUUCAGCUGCCAUGCAAGCACAACUUUUGCCGCGUUUGUAUCAACGAAGCCUGGGCCAAGGAAGCGGCCAUGGUCCGAUGUCCGGAAUGCAACAACGCCUACAGCCAGAAACCAGCUCUGGAGAAAAACCACAAGCUGUCGAACAUCGUGGAAAAGUUCAAUGCACUGAACAUAGAGAAAGCUCCAACUGUGCUGCACUGCAUCCUGUGUCGCCGCGGGCCACCAAUGCCUGCUCAGAAAGUGUGUCUGAGAUGCAAGGCGCCAUGCUGCCAGUCCCACGUACAGACGCACCUGCAGCAGCCCUCGUCCAACGCGGGACACCUGCUAGUGGAAGCAGCCGAGGCUCGGGCAUGGAGCUGCCCGCUGCACCACGAGUACCGACUGUACCACUGCGAGGCCGAGCACGCUGCCGUGUGCCACUACUGCUGCGUGGCCAGAUGCGCGCCACAUCACGGACACGCCGUCUGCGAUGUAGAGCUGCGACGCAAUGACAUCCGGCAAACGAUGAUGAAGCAGCAGGACCGGAUUGAAGACAGAGUUCAAGACAUAGAAGAGCAGCUCUACAAACUAGAGUCAGACAAGUGUCUUGUAGAGGAGAAGGUGCAGCAUCUGAAAGAGGAGGUACAGCUACAGUAUCAGAAGAUGCAACAGCUGCUAGAGGAGGACUUGGGGAAGACAUUGGAGGUACUCGAUCAGGCUCAUACCAAAUUCUGUCAGGAGAACUCCACCCAGGUCCUGCAGCUCAACCAGAAACGCCAAGAGGCUAAGAAACUCCUCAGCUCUAUUCAGAUGGUCUCCGAUAAGGCAGAGGACAUCAAAUUUAUGAGGAAUACAAAAUCUGUAAAAAUCUUAAUGGACAGGUCUCAGUCAUAUAUUGGCAAUACCUUACCCUCUUACAAAGUGGGCAGCCUCAAUUCUAAGCUGUUUCUCUCGGAAAUCUCAAAGAGAGAGAAAAACCUGUGCAAAAUGCUUGAAGCUCCUUUUAGCGCUCCUGCAAACUUCUUCCAGACUAUUCCAGCCUAUCUGUGUGCAGAGAAGCGCAGGCACUCAGUGGCUUUCUCUGAUGCUGGGGGCAGCAGUAAAGCUGGCUCUAGUUUUAUGGAGUCUUCCUCUUCUUCCACUGGUCCUGCUACUAAACAGCCAUGCUUGAGUCUGACUCCAGCUCCAGGUUCCUCCACCAGUGAGGGCCAGUCCUCCCAGCAUGCUCUGGGGCCUUGCAACUCUGUGGGAAAUAGUAGUGCGGCGACCAGUUCUCAGUCCAUGCACCACUCUGGUUCUGUUUUCCCUCACUCUCAUUAUCCAAACAGCAGCACCUCACAGCUGGCUCAAUAUGGAGGACGCAAGAUUCUAAUGUGUACAGUGGAUAACUGCUACUGCUCGGGUGUGCCCUCAGUGUCCAACCCUAGGGGGCAUCCACCAUACCCUCGAUCCAGCUCCUUCCCCUGGCCAGUGAGCUCACAGGAGUACUCCCAUCAGCCCCUCCCCACCACACCUACAAUGUCUCAGUCUCUCCAGAGUCUGUCCAUGCGGGACUGGAUAGAUGCCUCGCAGCCACACAGGCAUCCUGACUUCUACGGCCUCUACAGCCAGUCUUCCAGCAAGCAUUACGUCACCAGUUAACCCCAGCUCCAGUGACUGCUGUCAGUCACAUGAUCGGCUAGGUUUUUAAGCUGUGGGAACGUGAACGAGUGGGAUUUUUUUUUUUGUACAUAAGUUGGAUCAGUCAUUUAAUGUUCUUUAGGUCCAAUGUCUCUUAAAACAGUAAAUGUUACAAAGUGAAGCAUAACUUUGCACGUAGGAACUAAUGAUGUUCCCUUAACUUGCAUUGCUACUUACUACAACAGAAUAAUACUAACCAUUUUCCAAAAAUGGACAAAGAACAGUAUGGUAAUUGGUUAAUCAUCAGUAAUGCUGCAAUUUUGUGUGAGCUCCUAAUCAUUUAAACGAUGGUUUACUGUAUUCAAUUCAACAGUCAGCUCUUAUUGAAAUACACAGUUAGCAACAAAAGGUCAUUCUCACCAUUCACAAUGUUAUAACCCACUAUAUUUUAUUUGCCUACUUAUUUCACAUAAGUAGUCUUUUUAAUCAGUGAGACAAUUCUUGUAUGAGCAAAAUAUUUUGAAAUUUUUACAAUCUUCUAUGUUUGUUAUCAUUUAGCAGAAGAUGGACUGUCUUCAGUGUUUUGUUUUGUUUUUUUUCAUAAGAGAAAGGUAUACUUAUUUGUAUAAGUUUGGGUUACUUGUAUAUGUAACAGGUAAUUUUGUAUUUUUUAGAGGGAAAAAGAAAGGAAAUUUUAAUGAUGCAAUAUUAUUUUCAUGGUUAUGUUUCUCGAUUUGUGCGUACUUCCCUAGUGAGAGUCUCUCGAUGGAAAUGCCCUGCUUGCCGUGUGAUUUCUUGGUACAGCUGUGACUAAAUGUCCAGGCUUUGAGCAGCUGCCCAACAUGGAUCCACCACACAGACAGUGCUGCCAAACAAAAAGAAAAUACCUUUUAAACUUUGUGAAACCCAGGAUGAAUUUUGGUUUCACAUUCUAUUACUCCUGUUUACCUUAUGCAUUCAUCCAGAGUUAUUUGGACCUGAUUUUCCAAAAAAAAAAAAAAAAAAAAUCUGAAGGAACUUUGGAAGUACAUUCCUCUCCAUUUAUUAGUAAUGCAGUUCUUCUUUCUCCUGAGUCAUGUCAUUACUGGCACCAAUCAAAGAUUAUCUGGCUUCCUGUUUGUUAUUGAUUGCAUGUGGGAACAAGUUUCUGAGCACUUGUAGUAAAUUAAUAAAACUGCAAGAAAUAUAAAAUGACUUUUGAAACAGGGAAGGUUCUUUUUUUUUAAAUAAAUAAUAUUCUGUAAUGACAAGCACUGACCAAUGAAUCUCUAGAAAUGAAAGCAAGAAUCUGGCUAAAAAAAUGUUUUUUCUUUGUAAAUAUUUUGUCAACUAAAGCAGAAGACUUGUAACUGGGAAAUAACUGUUCUUUUUUUUUUCCAAAUAAAUAGUAAUUUCAAUAAUGUCUUCAAAUGGUUUAAAAACUCACCUUUAUUUACUUUACAGCUUUGUUUUUCAGUGACUGGGAGACAUUGGUGCAACUUAUUCAGUGCAUUAUUGAGUUUGACAUAGUUGUGUUGUGACUUAAUGGGUACAUGAGGAUGUGUGUCACAGUUCAGCAUUUUUAAAAAUGGCGUACAAGAUGGGAAGGAGGACAAGUAUGUGGAUGAUAAGACAAACGACCGUCGCUGUAGUUCGUCAGUUGAGAACGAAGAAUGUUCUAUAAAUGUUGGUUUUGACCUCCUCACUCUCUGUGAAAUAUUCCCUCAAGAUAUAACUAAGAGCAGGCCUGCUGUGCAUAAUGCCUAGGCCUGAGAGGAAAACUACAUUUCUGACCAACAUUUAAAUGAAAGGCAUUAAUUUUUUGAGUGUCAACAGGCUGGGUUCAGGACAACUGUUCAGUUGUCCCCAUGAGAGAUUGAAAGUGCGACUUGUGUUGAAAUUGAAAUACAUUUUUAGAAUUCGAAGCAGAUAGCCAGUCUUACAUUUCUAUUAAAAUACAUUGACUUACUUAUUGUUGCUCUAUCCGAAGUUGUUGCCGCAAUAUUUAAUCAGAGAUACAGUGUGGUACUGUAGUUAAGCCAGGAUUAUUGUUUGUGCCACAUGAAAGACUAAAAGCAAACAGCUAAAAAGUGGGCCAGUGACUUUAGUGGCUACGGAUUCUAAGUGUCUGUCUCUCACAUGUAGCUGCAUGUGUAAUUAGGCUGUUAAGAAAUGUGUUUUGCUUUGAAUGGCUUCUGAGUUGGUUUCUUCCCGUUACAUCUAGGCUUCUCUUUUUAGGGAAAACCAAAACCAAAAAGCAGCUAUAACAUUUUGGGAACAUCACAAGGCAAAGAAUUUACUGUAAUUUACAGGAGUAAAGGGAAGAGCAGACCAGAGUAGAAAUAUCCACCUCCUCAGAAGGGCAUUAUCCACUGCUAAUCUUAGUAAAAUUAUAUUGGUCCAGUGGGUGGAUGGAGAAAUCGUGUAAGAGCUCUUUGUAUCUGUAACGACAGAUACUGCUUCAGUCAGGUGCUGACAACUUUUGGUAAUUCUCAUUAUUGUAUGUAACAAGAAGCUUUUUGUCAUCAGUAAUGUCUGUAGCUCAAAACUUGUAAUUAAGUGCCAAUUUAUCUAUGGGCUAAAUUGAAUGUUUUCCCUACUCUGGUACUAAUCAUUUUUCUUAGUGUUUUUUAUUAAGUGAAAAUAAAUCAAAUAGAUUGCCCA